ACAGACUUUCCUCCCUUGCAAUGAAACGCUGAGGUUUUCCAGAACUUUUUGAAAGACUUGUUCUUUCUUUUAUAAAAAAAGUCUUUAGAUGGAUGCCUUGCGCUCAGAAGCAUUUUCUCGCCUGAAGCCCUUCUGUGUUCAGCUAACCCGCGAACACACCCGGGAAAAUAUUGCAAAGCUUUUCACUGCGCUGCAGUCUGUGGACAUUGUAUACCUUCAAGACCUUCAGGAAUAUGUCAUCUUUCCAUUAAGAAUUAUUCUUAAACAUCCAAAGAAAAGUUCUCAGGACCUCUAUCUGGACCUUUACGCAUGCAUGGAAUAUGUGUUGGGUCACACGAAGGUCACGAGAUGGGACUUGUUUCAUGACAUCUUCCACACGGCCACCACCAUGCUGUCCUGCCCGACAGACCAGAGCAAAGUGGCCCAUCUGAGCGAGGAGUUGAAGAUAGCUAUCAUACAGACCCUGAGGACGUUGGUGAAGAACGCUGAGUGCAGCGUGGUGCAACAACUGUAUGGGGUGAUGUGCCUACCCCUUCUGGGCCACUCCGUGUCACUGCUUCUUAACAUUGCUGAGAUGGAGCGAGCUCGCAACCUUCGGAUACUGGCCAUGGAGUGCCUUCUGGACUUCAGUCAGGCAGAUUCCAAGUUGAGCGCAUGCAUGAAGGCCGACAUUGGUAACAUGUAUGCCUCAUUUCUGCCUGGAAUCUCUGUAACACUGUGCAAGAUCAUCACAGGGGACACCAAGCAGGGAUAUGCAGUCACUUCAAAGGCCAUCUACGUGUGGAUGCGUAUAGUGAGCCUGGUGAUGGAUGACAGACUGCUGGAGAUCUACAGAAACAAGCAGAACAGCAAGUCACAGCAACAGAAGCAACUAGAUGAGCGCCUGGCUGGGCUGGUGGUAACCCGUGACAACGGCUGGCUGGCCUCGACCAGUGACAAUCUGUGCAUCCUGGUGAAGCAGGUGACCAAUGUGAGGAGUCACUGUAACUGGCGUGUGCGGCUGGGCCUUGUGGAGUGUGCUGAACACCUGCUGCUGCACUGUAACAGUUCCAUGAAGGCAUGUGUGCCCCACUUCCUGGAGAUCCUGGUGUCCCUGAUCAGUGACGACUAUUCCAAGGUUGCCGAGGGCAGCAGGCACGCGCUAGAGCUCUUCUCCACCAGCCAGUCGGUCACAGACCAGCAGCACAGGCUAACGGAGCUACUGGAGGACAACAUGCUCAAACUCACCACCUCUCUUCCCAGGCAGAUACAGACUGCUGAGGAAGAAGACAAACUGUCACUGCUCAAUUUGCUGAUUGGCUACCUAGGCCUAUUAGGUACGAAGGUUCGGGGCAUGCUGCUGUCCCUGCCCCAUCUCAAACGUCUAUCCCUGGCCUUGCUACAGAUCCUGGAGCUUGAGUGCUCUGACAUGAAGAUUGUGGAGGAACGCACAUGUAUCACUGGACAUGGGAGCAGUGCGGUGUCCUCCUCUGGGGCCACCAGCAUCAUCCGUCCACGCAGGCACUUCAAACACUUCAAUAACGAGCGGAUCUACGACAAGGUUCGAGGUGUGUGUCAGUUGCUCGGUUACUAUGGAGACCUGCAGGUGCUCCUCGACCACUUCCUGGACGUGUUCCACGAGACGAGCCUGUUCAGACUGCAGGCCACACUUAUCAUGAAUGAGAUCAUGUUGGGAACAACCGGCGAGACAGCAUACACCAACAACUCAAAGAAUGGUCGCAGCUGGCAGACGCAUGGCAAAGAUGAGCUUUCAGCUGUUGUCAGAAUGUUAGUGGAUGAGUAUUUAAGUCCAGUGAACUUUGACCUUGUGACCUCUGUGACCGCUCAGUCUGGGAAGGUUCAGUCGUUGGAUCAUCAACUGAGACACCUGGCUGUUACAAACACUUCCCCAGAAAAUGAUUUAUCAGCUGCCAAACUGAAUCGCAAUAUUUUACAGAUUUCCCUGUUUUUGGAAGGAUUUGGUAACUUUGCAAAGAUCUUGAAGACCGGGUUUGAGCCCCUGUUGAUGUCAGCUCUGUAUCCAAUGUUAGAGAAACUGGGAGAUGAGUCAGCCGUUAUUUCCAAUACAGCAUUAAUAGCCCUCGGGGAUGUUUGCCAUGCAUGUAGAUACAAGUCCAUAGACCAGCUGAUCCGAGAGAAUGCCGACUACCUGAUGAACUCCAUAUCCCUGCGACUAAGACACCUGGACAGGAACAGGAAGUGUCCCCUGGUUCUCAAGGUCAUGUUGCAGUAUAGCAGCGCCCAGUUACUGCCCCUGAUACAGGACACCGUGCAAGAGAUCCUGGACUCACUGGAUGACAACUAUGCAGAAGAGGCAGCCAUGUUUAUGGGUGUACUAAAUGAGCUGGCUAAAGCCGUGGUCAGAUGGUUUCCUGACAAACAUAAAUGCAGGAACAGUGAUAAACAUGAAGACAGGGAACAAAAGAGCCAACAGGGGGCCAGUAAGGGUCAGAAGUGCAACAAUGGUGCUGGGCCAUCAGAAGGUGAUGGGAUAGGAGCUCUGGCUGGUACAAGGAAUGGGGUCAGGAAUGGGGUCGGAGCAGCGUGUUGUGAGGGGUGUGGUUGUGUGGUGGGGGAUGAUGAUGGGGAUGGGGAUGUCAGAGAAGGGACUGUGAAAAUUAGAGGGGAUGAAAGAAAAGGGUCUGAAGGGGCUGGCAACACAGGAAAGGGGGAUGCAUUGAAGAGGAUAGUUGAGGUGGAACGGGACAUGUUUCAAGAGGUGGUGGAUAUCAACUGUAGUGACCGGGUGCAUGUGUAUAAGAAGUGUUCCAGUAAGGUUACAGUUAAGGCUGGGACAGAAGCUGUAGGAAGUAAUGUGUGCCAGCAGUGCUUGAAGAUGUUGACCCUGCCAGAGGACUGUAAGCAUGUGGACAAUUCGGAAAACCUGAUAUGUAAGUGUCCCAGAAUGAAAGACCCAAGCGAAAACCACUUGGGUUUGUCAGGACAGGGGGUAGGGCCUUUUGCACUGCGAAUGUCAGGACAGAGUGUUGGGCAUGUCUCCCUAGGGGAGGGGGAAGAUUUGGUGCAGGGGCAGUUUGAUGACGUAGAGCCCUCUCUAGAUGGCGCCACUUUUUCACUGCCUAACGGUACCACAGAGUGUGAACGCUGCCGUAAAACACUUCCAGCAAGUCGCUGUGUCCAGUGCAUCUUCAAGCGCUUCAACACUGUGAAAAACCAUCUUAAGGAAAAGGAGGCUAAAGAUGCCAAAGACAGAAAUUGUGAAAAUUUUGAUGAAUUGGCAGUUACUGAAACACUCUGUAAAGCAUGUAAAUUAAAGGCAGAAGAAUCUUCAACCAGCAAAGUCUGCUUGGAAUCUGAGAUCGCCGGUUCUGCACCCACAAUAAGUGAUGUCACUGCAAAGGAAGUAGAAGAGCUGGCCACCUACUUUUCUGACCUCCUUGCACUGGAGAAAGAGUCAGCAGGGGAGAUAACUGAGGAAGACCUAGAGAACUUUCAGCCGACCCAAGAUGACCUUGACCCCACUGACCCCCCAGAGGUCGCGCUACCCCUGCCCGGGCACGUGGUGGCAGUGCGGGAGGUGAUGUUGCGAUGUAAACACAUCCUGUCCUCCCCUAGACCUCAGCUCAGACUACUGGUCCUGGACACCAUCAGCCAUACCUGUCUCGCUCUGGACAAACAUCAGGAUGAGUUACUUCCACUGAUUCACAAGAUCUGGCCUCCAUUUAGUCUGUGCUUUGCAGAUGAAGAGAAGCUGGUCACCAUUAAGGCCAUAGACGUACUUUGCACAGUGGCCCGCUGCUCAGGAGACUUUGUGAAGCAUCGGGUGACAAAGGAUGUGCUACCCAAGCUGGCUUCAUUUCUCCAGAACCAAUCUGAGAUCAGCGUACAUGCUGGGGCAUCGUACCAGUUCACUGUCAACUAUAAACUGCAGCUUGCCAUAUUGAACAACAUCAGCUCCAUUGCUCAAAUGGCAUGUAUCAAGGGAAGUAAUCUGGACUUGAUCACCACAAGUUGCCUCCCUUACCUACAUAGCCGACAGCCAAGCACUUUACAGAAGGCAUGUAUAGAGUGUUGCCGGGGGCUGAUUGACAUCGAUCCAGACCUGAUCUGGCUCAAACUCUGCCCUCUUUUCUGCCCCAAGGCGUAUGAACCACCAUCAGGCAGCUUCAAACCAAUCAGGGGCCUUAGCAAGCUGUCCACUAGCAAUCCCUACACCGGGAACAUCACCCGACUCAUGGCGGAUACCAAGCUGUUGUAGCAAACCUUCGCCAGACAUGCCAGAUUGUGUUCAGGACACUCCUGUAUUCCAUCCAUGAUCAACUGUCGAGUCCGACUUAAAACAGCUGGAUGUGCAAAGCCAGGGAUUCCAUAUGCCAUUAUGUUUUUCUUGCUUUGUGAUUAAAUUUUAGGCAAUUUCAUGUAAUAAGAAUAAAGCAAUUCACUAUUUAAA